AUGGAUAUCACUCAAUGUAAUGAUACAUUCAACUCUACAGAAUUUGACACUGAUGUCAAGGCAAGAGCCAAGGCGUUGCAAUACUUGGAACAACAUAAUGAGAUAAAGACACUUCGAGUGUUGUGGGUCGAUGUGUCAAACAUCAUUCGUUGCAAGGCUGUUAGGACCACAUGGCUGUUGCAACACAAGUCUUCGUUCAACUACGUCUGUGUGACCAAUGCCUGUAUGUCCUUGCGUCCCUUUGACGACACCAUCAUCAACGAAGCACUGCCCAAUCGCGACUUUGGCGAAGCCUACCUGGUGCCCGAGUGGGACACCUUCUACGUCACCUCGUACAGUCCGUCGUCGGCCACGGUGUUUGGUGGCUUCUUCCACAAAUCACCAACGACUGGUAUGAUCGAGCGAUGGCCCCUGUGUCCAAGGAACGCUCUUAUCCAAGCCGAGAAGCAGCUGGCAAUGACGCGCAGCAACUCUGAUGUGCCAGGCCUGCUGCUCAAGGGUGCCUUUGAGGAGGAGUUCUACCUCAUCCCUCAGUCGCUAGAGGUCAACAAGCAGCUGAUGGUCAACCCCGACCCCUACACAUUCACCAACGUCUACUCGCUCAAUGAGUACACACCGAUACUCGACGAGAUUCUCGAUCAUCUGGAGCGCCAUGGGGUGCCCGUCGAGCAGGUUAUGGCCGAGUCGGGUCCCGCACAGUUCGAGAUCACAUGGGACUACUGCAACAUCAAGCAGGCAUGCGAUCGCCACAUUAUUGUUCGCCAGACAGUCCACGCCAUUGCUCAGAAGCACGGACUGUACGCCUCGUUCCUGCCCAAGCCCUACCUGCACAAGGUGGGCACAGGUUGCCAUGCCCAUCUCUCGCUCUGGACGCUGGACGGCGCCACCAACAUUGUGCCGGACGCAUCCGAACCAACAGGUGUGUCGCCACUGGGCCAGCGCGCAAUAGCUGGAGUAUUGUCGAUGGCCAAGGAGCUGACAUCACUAUUCAACGCAUGUCCCCUGUCCUACCGCAGACUACAGCCAAACUGUUGGAGUGGAUGUAAUAUCAUCUGGGGACUGGAUAAUAAGGAGGCGAUGGUACGCAUUGCAUCGUCACCAUUCAUGUCCAAGACUGGCAACAGUAACUUUGAAAUCAAGACCAUUGAUCAUACGGCCAAUCCAUAUCUGGCGAUGGCCGGUGCCAUAUACGCAGUCAUCCACGGUCUGGACAACAGUAACAUUGUCAUACCACCUCCAACGUCUGCCAACCCAGCAGUGAUGUCAUUUGAAGAGGUGUCCAAGAUGGCAUUAGAGAAACUACCAACCAAUCUAGAGAAGGCACUUGACCUACUAAACAACAAUCAAUAUCUUCAAUCAAGUCUCGGUACACAAUUGGUCAAUGCGUUCAUUCAAGUUAAGCGAGCUGAAGUUGCUUUUAUGAAGGACAAGGAUAUCAAUGCUGCAGUGAUGAUCUAUUACAAACUGUUCUAA